AUGGCGAGUGUGCAGUUGCCGGCUGCGGUGCAGCAUCCCGGCUCCGUCCUCCCGGCGAGCAUGACCCAGCAGCAGGCUCAGGAAGUAUUCAUGAGAUUCCAGCAGAUGAAGAAACAGGGCGUUCCCAGCACAGACCCGGAGUUCAUCAAGACCCAAUCCAUUCUUGCCGCUCUCCAGCGACAGAGCGAGUUGCGGAAGCAGCAGCUGCAGUUGCAGCAGCAACAGCAGCAGCAGCAACAGCAACAACAACAACAACAGCAAGCAAUGCAAAAUGGGGCCAACGGUCUCGUCAACGGAGCUCAACCUCCGCGUCCUGCCCAGCCCGCGGCUGCGCAAUCAACCAUGCCUCCCGCGACGACAUCACUUGGCGCAUCUGCCCUGCCGGCCACCGCUAACGGCUCUGCGGCGCCCGCAAAUGCUGCUGCACCGGCGCAGAACCAGGCCAGCCAAUUCACACCAGCGCAGCUGAGCCUGCUCUGGACACAAAUCAAGGCCUUUAGGAUGCUUGGUAAGAACGCAGGCGUCCCGAUCCAGAUGCAAAGGGCCAUCUUCGAGCACAGGGCGCGCCGCCGUGCAUCCCUGGCCGCCAAGCAAGGUCCUCAGUCCGCCUCGGUCGCUGCCGACUCGGAGACGCCUACGCAAGAUGGUGUGAAAUCCGAUGCGCAAGGCAACUCCGCGUCUGUUCCGCAGCCUAAGGCCUUCAAGACACUGAAAUCUCCGUACGACGGCGGGCUCGUUCGAAAGACCAUCUCUUAUAUGGACCAUGGCCGGCGCAAGAAUCGCCUCAUCAUUCCCGGCAUCUUCCCGACAGGCAUCGACUUUGAGCAGCUGAGGGCCGACCGCGAGAAGAUCGUCUUCAACCGCAUGAGCGCGAGGUACUCCGAGUUGAAGUCGCUCCCUGGCAACCUGGCGCACUGGGACGCCUCCAGUGAUGUCCUCGUGGCCGACGACACUGCGAAGAGGAAAGCCAUCAUUGAGAUGAAGAAGUUGGCCUUGUAUUCCCGGCAGCGCGCCCUGAGGGACAAGAUCGGGAAGCAGAUGAUGCACUACGACAACCUGGCCAUGACCACGAACCGCGCUCAAUACCGCCGCAUGAAGAAGCAGAACGUCCGGGAAGCCCGCAUUACCGAGAAGCUGGAGAAGCAGCAGCGCGAUGCGCGCGAGAACCGGCAGAAGAAGAGGCAUGACGACCAGAUGAUGGCGCUUUACAAUCAUCGCAACGAGGUUCUCAACGCCGGCCAGAGCCAGCGCGGCAAGAUGCAGAAGCUCAGCCGUGUCAUGUACAACCAUCAUUUCAACAUCGAGAAGGAAGAGCAGAAGCGGAUCGAGAGGACCGCCAAGCAGCGUCUACAGGCUCUCAAGGCCAACGACGAAGAGGCCUACCUCAAGCUGCUCGACCAGGCCAAGGAUACGCGUAUCACUCACUUGCUCCGUCAGACCGAUGGCUUCCUGCACCAACUCGCCUCCUCCGUCCGCGCCCAGCAGCGGGAGGCCGCCGAGCGCUACGGCCAGGACAUCGAUGUGCCUGACAGCGACGAGGAGGAUGAAGAGGAUGAGGAGAGCAGCCGCAAGAUCGACUACUACGCCGUCGCCCACCGCAUCAAGGAGGAGGUCACCGAGCAGGCCAGCAUCCUAGUUGGCGGCACGCUGAAGGAGUACCAGCUCAAGGGCCUGCAGUGGAUGCUGUCGCUCUACAACAACAACCUGAACGGUAUCCUGGCCGACGAGAUGGGUCUCGGCAAGACGAUCCAGACCAUCAGUUUGAUCACGUACCUGAUCGAGAAGAAGCAUCAGAACGGCCCCUACUUGGUCAUCGUGCCGCUCAGCACGCUUACCAACUGGAACCUCGAGUUUGACAAGUGGGCGCCGUCGGUUGCCAAGGUCGUGUACAAGGGACCUCCCAAUGCUCGCAAGAUGCAGCAAGAGAAGAUCCGCCAGGGCAAGUUCCAGGUCUUGCUCACGACAUACGAGUACAUCAUCAAGGACCGGCCGCUGCUGAGCAAGAUCAAGUGGUUCCACAUGAUCAUCGACGAGGGCCAUCGCAUGAAGAACACCAACUCCAAGCUCAGCGCCACCAUUCAGCAGUACUACAGCACCCGCUUCCGCCUUAUCCUUACCGGUACCCCUCUACAAAACAACCUUGCCGAACUGUGGGCCAUGCUCAACUUCGUCUUGCCCAACAUCUUCAAAUCCGCCAAGACGUUCGACGAGUGGUUCAACACUCCCUUCGCCAACACGGGUGGCCAAGACAAGAUGGAACUCACGGAAGAAGAACAGAUUCUCGUCAUCCGUCGCCUGCAUAAGGUGCUGCGGCCGUUCUUGCUACGUCGCCUCAAGAAGGAUGUCGAGAAGGAUCUCCCCGACAAGACGGAGAAGGUCAUCAAGUGCAAGUUCUCGGCCCUGCAGGCUCGCCUGUAUAAGCAGAUGGUUACACACCAGAAGAUUGCAGUCAGCGACGGCAAGGGCGGCAAGACGGGCGCCCGUGGCUUGAGCAACAUGAUCAUGCAGCUCCGGAAACUGUGCAACCACCCGUUCGUGUUUGACGAGGUCGAGAACCAGAUGAACCCGGCCAAUGUCAGCAACGACCUCCUGUGGAGGACGGCCGGCAAGUUCGAGCUCCUGGACAGGAUUCUUCCCAAGUACAAGGCGACGGGCCAUCGCGUGUUGAUGUUCUUCCAGAUGACCGCCAUCAUGGACAUCAUGGAAGACUUCCUCCGAUACCGAGGCAUCCAGUACCUCCGACUCGACGGUACCACCAAGUCGGAAGACCGGUCCGAUCUGCUCAAGGAGUUCAACCGGUCGGAUUCCCCUUAUUUCAUGUUCCUGCUUUCCACCCGUGCCGGUGGUCUCGGGUUGAACUUGCAAACCGCCGACACGGUCAUCAUCUACGAUUCCGACUGGAAUCCUCACCAGGAUUUGCAGGCUCAGGAUCGUGCGCAUCGUAUCGGCCAGAAGAACGAGGUGCGAAUCCUGCGGCUGAUCAGCUCUGCGUCCGUUGAAGAGAAGAUCCUCGAGCGCGCCAGGUUCAAGCUGGACAUGGACGGCAAGGUCAUCCAGGCCGGUCGCUUCGACAACAAGUCCUCCGAGACGGACCGCGAUGCCAUGCUCAGGACGCUCCUGGAAACGGCGGACAUGGCCGAAUCCGGCGAGCAGGAGGAGAUGGACGACGAAGAGCUCAACAUGAUCCUCGCUCGGAACGAGGAGGAGCUUAACAUCUUCCAGAAGCUGGACGAGGAGAGGUCGCGCGAUCCUAUCUACGGCACCGCUCCCGGCUGCAAGGGUGUGCCCCGUCUCAUGGCCGAGGACGAGUUGCCCGAUAUCUACCUGAACGAGGGUAAUCCGGUCGAAGAAGAGUCCGAGGUGUUGCUCGGCCGUGGUGCCCGUGAGCGCACCAAGGUCAAGUACGACGACGGGCUCACGGAGGAGCAGUGGCUCAUGGCCGUAGACGACGACGAGGAUACGCCCGAGGCGGCGGCCGCGCGGAAGGCGGCCCGCAAGGAGAAGCGCGAGGCGAACAAGCUGAAGCGCUUGGCGCUGCUGAACGCUUCCAUGGAGAACUCGCCGUCCGCCAGCCGCGCUAGCACCGAGGAUGUCGAGACACCGGUCAAGAAGCGCGGGCGCAAGCCGGGCAGCAAGAACCAGGAGAAGCGCAAGGCAGAAGACGGCGACGACGAACCGCCUGCUAAGAAACGCCGCGGACCGCAGGGACGUCCGAAGGCAGUUAGCACGGGCGCGAGCGAGGCCCGUCUGUCGCCGGAGCUGCGCGAGAAGCUGCAGAAGAGCCUGAGGCGCAUCUUUGACGGGCUGAUGAACCUCGAGGUGGACGACGACGAGCCGGAGGAGAAGCCCGACGGCGACAAGGACGACGACGACGGGCCGCCGAAGCGGCUCAUCAUCGGGCCGUUCGUCAAGCUCCCGCCCAAGCGCGACUGGGGCGACUACUACCUCAUCAUCGCCAACCCGAUCUGCAUGAACGACAUCCAGAAGCGGAUAAAGAAGGAGGAGUACAACAGCCUGGCGGACAUGCGCAAGGAUCUCGACUUGAUGGUCAGGAACUGCAGGACCUUCAACGAAGAGAGCAGCGGCAUCUGCCAGGAUGUGAACCUGAUCGAGGCCUUCUUCAAGAAGGAGUUCGAAAAGGAGCUCUCGGAAAACCCGGACCUGCGCGCCCUCGAGGAUCCCUCCGCCUCCUCCUCAUCGCCCACCGCCGACGGCACCCGCAACACCACGCCCAGCGGCCCGCCCACGCGCAUCAAGCUGGUGUCGGGCUCGUCCGCGGGCGCGGCCAAUGGCGGGCCGGUCAAUGGCGCGGGCGGCGGCAGCGGGGCGGGGCAGAGCGACGAGGAGUAG